AUUGCUGUCCCAUUUCUCAGCAUUUCCUUGCUUGCAUUCGCCCUUUGCAUAGACUGGAUUCACAUAGCCCCAAUGGCCAUCAUCACUGAAUCCCACCACCACCAAUCAUUGGCAGGCUCCGAUGCUGCGUUGCUGGACAUGUUGACAGCCCCCCGGCCUCCCACCAAAAAAACUUUCUCGAGGCGAGAUGCAGCCUUGGAUCCACUGCUACUCGCAGCAGCUGCCGCUUCUGGUCCAGGCGUAACUCGCAACCACUACCAUCAUGAUUUCUUCCCCGGUGUCAUGCUGCCCAAAGCGGAGGGUUCCUGGGACUGGACAAAGUUCAAGGGAGAGGACUCUUCUGCUCGCCAGGAACGCAGACG